AGAAUAUUUUUCCCUGAGGGACUCUUGAAGAAAUUCUGGUGAAAUCAUGGAUGCUGAUGAUGACUUGGAUCUAUUAGCCUCCCUCCUGGAAGAAAGUGAUGCAGCCGAGGAGGCAAAUCCUCCACAGGAGGAAGGUGCCCCAGAGGAGGAGGGAGGAGAACCAGACGAAUACGAUGAGCUCUUCGAUGCAGAGGAUGAUGGAUCCUACACUGAGGAGGCCGAUGCAGAGGAGAGCGCGGUCGACGAGCAGAAGGAGAACUUGGCUGCUUUGUUUGGAGAUGUGGAUGACCUGCUGGAAGAGGAGGAAGUGGAAGAAGCUGUCGCUGCUUCAGCUCCUAGUCAGGCGAAAGAGAAAACCAACCAAGAGUUGCAAGCUGAGUUGAGAAAAUUACAAGAACAAAUGAAGACAUUACAGGAGCAGUUGCAAAAGACUGCAAUUGGGCAGCCAUCCAGCUCGGAGCCUGAGAAGAAAACCCCUGGUAAAUCACUCUGUCAUCCCUUAAAGGAAAGGAAAGUUCAGAAGCUGCAGGAGUCACCGUGUUUCUCAGACCAGCUGGGCAGUCCUUUGCCAGCAGCCAAGCGACGGAUCCAGAAAUCCAAAAUGUCCCCAGCAGAGAGCAAGACUCCUCCUCCACGGCAAGUUCUCAGUAUGGCCUUCCAGCCUCUCAAGUCUGCACCAGGGAACACAGCCAGUAAAGGGAUCAGAGAGAAAACUCCUCAAGCACCCGUGUGCUCCAGCACAGCAGCUCAGCCAGUGUCUGUAGAGACCUUCUCUGGACUCAGACUAAGAAAACCCCGGGUUUCAUCAGCUGAAAUGGACAGGAAAAUGGCCAACCGGAAGCUCAUCAGACUGUCCCAAAUAAAGAGCAAAAUUGCUGCAGAAAAUCUGGAGGAAACGGACUGGGUAACAUUUGGAGUCAUAGUAAGGAAGGUCACUCCUCAGAGCUCAAAUAACGGCAGAACCUUCAGCAUUUGGCGGCUGAAUGACCUACGAGAUCUCAACCAAUGUGUCUCGCUCUUCUUGUUUGGUGACGUCCACAAAGAGCACUGGAAGACCGACCAAGGCACAGUCAUUGGGUUGCUCAAUGCUAAUCUUAUGAAACCUAAAGAGGGCUCGGAUGAGGUGUGUUUGUCUGUUGACCAUCCCCAGAAGAUCCUCCUCAUGGGUGAAGCUCUGGACAUGGGGACCUGCAAAGCCAGGAAGAAGAAUGGUGACCCCUGCACACAGAUUGUGAACUUGAAUGACUGUGAAUAUUGUCAGUAUCAUGUGCAAUCCCAGUACAAGAAGCUCAGCGCGAAGCGGGCGGAUUUGCAGGCCACCUUCUCUGGAGGCCGCGUACCCAAAAAACUUGCUCGAAAAAAUCCCACUUUGAAGGAGAGGCUGUGUCAGGAUGGGUUUUACUACGGAGGCGUCUCCUCAGCAGCGUACGCAGCCUCAGUUGCAGCAGCUGCAGUGCCAAAAAAGAAAAUUCAAACGACUCUGUCCAAUCUGGUCGUGAGAGGAGUUGAUGCAAUUGUCCAGGAAACCAGGCAGAAAAUCGGUGCAGCAAAGAGACCUGCUCCUUGCUCUGAGGAGUUCAAAGAGCUGCUGGCACAGCCAACAUUUGGAGCACGAAACCUCUGCAAACACUGGACCAAAGCAGAUGCUGAAACUAAACAAGGGGCCGCCUUCCAGUCUGUCUCUGCUUCAGCGCUGCUCAAGCAACAGAAGCAGAAACUGCUGGAGGCCAGAAAAAAACGAUCUGAGGAGAUUCAGAGGCGGUUUCUCCAGAACACCAGUAAAGCCGGCAGCCCUGCUCUUCCGUCCUCUUCCAGACAGUCUUCCCUCCAUUCCCCAACACCCGGGGCAGAGUUUCCCAAAGCUGCAAAAAUGUCAACACCUCAAAGGCCCAGGCUUGGCACAGGCUUCUCGGAAGGAGAAGAUAUCCUUUUCUUUGAUGGGUCUCCACCUCAAGCACCAAAGCUGGACAGCCUGGCUGAAGCCAAAAAGCUAGCUGCGAUACACAGACUCCGAGCAAAAGGCCAGAUUCUUGCUAAAUCCGACCCGAACAGUGUCAAGAGGAAAAGGUCUGAUCUUGGAGAUGUCCUAGAAAUUGCUGAAAGAGUUGAGAAAAAUAUUGCUCAGCCCCAGGGUGCAGAAGCAGGACACGAUAUGGAUGAACUGGAGCCUGCCCAGAAGAAACGGCGAGAGCAGCUGGCCUACCUGGAAUCAGAAGAGUUCCAGAAAAUCCUGAAUGCCAAAUCCAUGCACACAGGUGUCCUGAAAGAGGCUGAGGCUGAGCUGCAAGAAAAAUACUUCGAGCCACUGGUGAAAAAGGAAGAAUUGGAAGAGAAGAUGAGGAACAUUAAAGAAGUGAAAUGCCGAGUCGUGACGUGUAAAACGUGCAAUUACACCUAUUUCAAGCCUCUGGAGACCUGUGUGCAGAACAGCCACGACUACCAUUGGCACGAGGCCCUCAAGCGAUUCUUCAAGUGUCCGUGCGGGAGCCGAGCGCUCUCCCUCGACAGGCUCCCCAGGAAGCCCUGCAGUACCUGCGGCCUCUUCAAAUGGGAGCGGGACGGGAUGCUCAAGGAGAAGAAAGGUCCGAAGAUUGGUGGAGAAACACUUUUACCAAGAGGGGAAGAACAGCCAAAAUUCCUCAACAGUCUCAAGUGA